CACGCUGCUUCUUGCACCGCCCUACUUUAGUUCAUAAGAUGGAGAUGAAGGAGGUUCGGGCAGCACCGCCAUCAGACUAUCAGGAACUGCAAUUUAACAGGGACCAACACACUGUUGUGACCAUCGGCAACCCUGUGGAGGAUCCCAGAGACUAUGUGGUAUGGUCCAUCUGCAACCUCUGCCACGGAAACCCCUUAUGCUUCGGACUGGUGGCGUUGAUCUUCUCAAUCAAGGCAAGAGACAUGAAGGUGAUCGGAGACCUGCAGAGAGCCAGGGGAUACAGCAAGUGGGCCCUGCGCUUCAACGGGGCUGCGCUGAUAAUUUUUUCUUUGAUUAUCCUUGGUUAUGUAAUUUUUUUGAGCAUUUGCCUAUUUUCUCGUUGUUAGGGACAUGUCCCUACCAUUGUCAAAAAAACAGUAAAUUGCCCGUAUAACAAAAAUCAUAAUGAUGCUGAAUUGAAUUAAAUUACCAAGUAAUGCGCUUUGUAACCAUCAGCACAGCAAAAUUAUUAUUUGUUGUUACUUUGCGCCACCUUUCAGAAAUUUGUGGAUUUGAAAAUAGUUUCAGCAGCCGCCCCAGCGAGCUCUCCAAGUUAAUGAUGCAUAAUGUCCGUAAAAUAACCCAUGGGUACACCAAGGCACUUAAUUUGAAUUAGGGUAGUAUCUUUGCCUGAAUGUACUGAAUGUUACUACACUUUGCAUUAAAGCUUCAGCUGAAAUAAAUGUUUUACAAUGUAACAUUA